UUGCCACUAGCGCUCGGAACACAGUGGGAUCCACGUCUCACACAGCGAGUCCAGCUCUUCGCCACCAAAGGCCGAAGUUGCCUCCGACCAGUCUGGCCCUACCCUACGACGUGUCUGAUCCCCCAGAAUAGGUGAGCCUGAUACGAGGUGCCUCAGUCCAGUAAGCCUUCACCCCCCGCCCACUGAGAAGGAAGAUGUGGCGUUCUCUCUGCCAGAGCCUUCUGGCAGUCACCUUCUUUGGGAUCGUCGUUGGUGACCUCCCAGUCAGCCCCAUGGAUGGCCCACACUCAGGCUCCUCUACCUUGGAAGACCGGGACCUGGCACUUUCCAACACAGACUUCGCACUCACCCUCUUCAAGCAUCUGAAGGCCCUGGAGCCAGGAAAGAAUGUCUUUGUCUCUCCGGUAUCCAUCUCAAUUGCUUUUGCCCUGCUGUCUCUGGGGGCCAAAAACGCCACCCUUGCUCAGAUCCUGGAAGGGUUCAGAUUCAACACCACGGUGGGCCGGGCCGAGGCCAUCCACGAGGGGUUCCAUCACCUCAGGCGUCGGCUCAAAGCCUCCGAUGCCGCCCUGGACUUGGGAAGUGCCCUGUUUGUCGACGAGAAGAUCAAGAUCCUCGAGUUGUUUGUGACAGAUGCCACAAAGUAUUAUGAAGCAGAAGCACACCCGGUCAACUUUGGAGACCUGGAAGGGGUCAGGAAGCAGAUCAAUGAAUACGUGGCAAAUCAGACUCAUGGGAAUAUCCCCGAACUGUUUAAGCAGCUCGACGAGCGAUCCAUAAUGAUCCUCAUCAGCUACAUUCACUUUCUAGGGGAAUGGAUCAAACCUUUUGAUUUGAAACGUACCACUGAAGACACGUUUCACAUUGCGGAGAACUUAACUGUGAAAGUCCCGAUGAUGUUCCAAUUCGCCACCUUCAAGCACCUGUUUGAUGACCAGCUCCCCUGUGUCGUUGUGCAAAUGGAAUACAAGGGGAAUGUCACUGCCUUGUUUGUCCUCCCCGAUGAAGGGAAGAUGGAGGAGGUGGAGGCAGGCCUGAGUAUAGACACCAUGAUGAGAUGGUCAUCUUCCUUUGAUGAAAGCCAAUUAGAGGUGUACCUGCCCAAGUUUUCCAUCUCGGGUACCUAUGAGCUCCGUCCCGUGCUGAACAAGAUGGGUGUCCGGGACCUGUUUAGUGAUCGGGUGGACCUGUCCGGUCUCUCUGAGGAGAAGCUGGUGUUAUCCAAGGUCGUCCACAAGGCCGUCCUGCACGUCGAUGAGAAGGGCACUGAGGCGGCAGGUGCCACAGGAAUGGAGAUAAUGCCGGUGAUGUUGCCUCCCAGCGUCACGUUCAACAGGCCCUUCUUGGUCCUCAUAUUUGAAGACUUCACCUGGAGCACCCUCUUCUUGGGAAAAGUUCUGAACCCCACCGAAGUGUGACCAGGGACAUGAACCCCGACAGAAUCGUCUCCACCCCAAGGUUUUCUGGAAUUGGCAGAGAUUCCACCCCAGACCCCUCUGCCAGACUGUGUUCCGCUGUAUGGUGUAUGAACAUUGGAGCCAAACAGUCAUUUAGGUCCCAUGGGUUUUCCACAUAUGGGAGGGAGGGAAGGAGGUGUGGGACAUAGGCCAGAUUUCAAUCAGAAUUAAAAAAAUAGAAAGAAAACAAAA